AUGUUAAGCCCAGUGUCAGUGUCCUGCAUUGAUGAACUUCAAACUGAAGUUCCAUACGGCACCAAGCCUUCAUCUACACCUCCUCAACACCCUGUCCAUUCUUCCUUUGCUGGAGGUCCCAACAUGCCCAGCGUCCGGUCAAGCUCUCCCCCAAACUCUCCAAGUCCCUCCUUUGUAUCUGUGACGGAAUCAGCGACCAGCACCACCUCAGAUCCGGAGUUCCCGUUGACACCUAAUUCCAACCGUUCCAGCGGCGUAUGCCGUAUCAGUCACCCCUCUGUUGAGGCUGCAUCGCCGACUCCAAGUCCUUCUCCUGAGGACCAACACAGCGACGCUUCCCGUCCCCAUUACUCCAGCUCGUAUGAAGAACGUAUUUUUGAUGGGUUGUUAGACAACCUCAACUGUGACCAGGGUACAUCGGAAAGUACCGAACAACAGAAGGUGAUGGAGGCGUACUCGAGGCAUUUAGGACAACUUAGUGCGAGCUCUUUCCACUCCAUUAUUCGCUACCUGGAAGCAGUUCGUGAACGUCAACGCAUGCGCUACUACACCUCAUGCUGGGAUGUCGUAGUAGUCCAAAGGCGGGAAGCUGUCGCCCUUUCCGCGCGUGAUAAGUCAGAAUCGGACUUCCAUGCGGUAGAGCGGGAGUUGCGAUUUGUACUGGACAUUUUGUCUCAACGCCUAUCACUGCCUAAUGAAACUACCGAGGAUAGCCAAGAUAUCGCUGCCGCCCGCGACAAGGAUAGGAUAUCCAUCUCGCGGACUGACACCGUACUCGCCACUUUGAAGAGCCGUGCAAAUCAUAUGGAUGACUGCAUCAUGACCGCUGCGCAUGACAUUGCUGCCUUAUGGCAGAACAUUCAGGUUAGUCCUCAAUUCAAUCCUCAGUCCGUUGCUAAUGGCCAGAUCAUCUAA